AUGCCAACCAAGUCAAUGGCGCAGACCCCCCGCCUGCAACUGGUUCGUCUGGCAGCGCAUCAUGCGCCUGGUUACGACGCCAUUUGGUCAGAUCCCAUCGCGACCCGGUGGAGCCCUCACGGUCGCUGCAAAACCCUGGAGGCUAGCGAGAAAUGGAUGGCAGAGCUACUGCCCGACGUGAACCCCCUUGGAGAAAAUUACGCGGUGAUACUUCGAUCUGAUGUCAAUCCGAGCAAUGACCAACGAGAAGACCCCGAAACUGAGACGGUGCUUCGGCCAGGUGGAUUUCUUGGGUGGGUAGGGACUUGGAAGUCAGAACCGAUCCCAGAAGUUGGCUUCAUUUUCCAUCGAUCGACAUGGGGCUUUGGUUUUGCCACAGAAGCGUUGAAUGCUUUUAUCCAGUUAUACUGGCAAGCUAGGCCACAAUUUGAUGUCUUGGAGGCAUACUGCGACGCCGAGAAUGAGGCAUCCGUCAACGUUUUGCGGAAAUGCGGCUUCACAUUCGAGGAACGUAUCGAGGGGGAUUACGUUCUGCCUUGGAUGGAGCCCUCUCUUCGAAGCAGCCUGCGAUUCCAAGCAACUAGGCCUCUCAUUGAAACUCCUGUACCUUGA